AUGGAUUGUGACAAAUGCAGAAACAAAGCCCUCAAAACUGCUGCUGAGGUCAAAGGUGUAACAUCAGUUUCAUUAGAAGGAGAUGAUAAAGAUAAGGUAUCUGUUACCGGUGAUAAUGUAAACACAAUUUGCUUAGCCAACCAGCUAAAGAAGAAAUUCAAAAAUGUCACAAUUCUAAGUGUGGAAGAAGUGAAAAAGAAAACAGAAGAAGAAAAGAAAAAGGAAGAAGAAAAGAAAAAAGAAGAAGAAAAGAAAAAGAUGAUGGAAGCAUGUCGUGCUGUUUUGCAUGGCUCAUGCAUCAAGUGUCAUAGCAUGAGUUGUAAUGGUAAGUGUUCGUGCACAAAAUGUUCAAGUCCAAAGUGUGAUGGAAAACUUUGUUUCACUAUUUGCUUUAAGUGUGAGAAUCCAAAGAGUUGUUGUGAGUGUAAGCCUGCAAGUUGCUCCAAUUGUGACCACAAAAAGUGUGAUGGUGGUUGCAAAUCUAAGAAGCCUCCUUCACCAUGCUCUCAACAAUGUCCUCCGUGGUGCACAUGUCAGAAGUGUUGUGCUCGAUAUCAAUAUCAACCUUGUUACAACCCGUAUCCACCUUAUUGCACGGUUGGUUACGAACCAUGUCCCGAUAAUUGCUCCAUCAUGUGA